AUGGCUUAACCCACUCCAAGAAUUAUCAAAGAGACAUAAAACUUAGCCAAAGAUAAAGUGUAAGGAAUUGAUGUGACUCCAGAUCCACAAAAUUUCAAACAUUUCUUUGUCAUAAUAUCAGGACCUCCUAAUACACCAUAUGAAGGAGGUGUUUUUGAUGUUGAAUUGCUUUUACCUGAUGAUUAUCCCAUGUCCCCACCCAAAUGUGUUUUCAAUACUAAGAUUUAUCAUCCAAAUAUUGAUAAUUUGGGAAGAAUUUGCUUGGAUGUCUUAAAAGAUAAAUGGUCACCAGCAUUAUAAAUCAGAUCUAUUUUGCUAUCAAUUCAGGUGUUGUUGAGCUCACCAAACCCAGAUGAUCCAUUAAAUAAUGAAGCAGCUAAUUUAUGGAAAGCUAAUGAAGGUUAAGCUUUAAUGAAGGCAAGAGAAUUCACAUAAAAAUAUGCAAAAAAACAUUGAUUAGUAUAAUCUAUUGAAAAACAAAUAUAUAUUUAAUUUCUA